GCAGUUCCUGCGCGUGCGCGCUUGGCCUCCCUAGUGCGGGCUGGCAGUGCGGGCAGAGCCCGGCUGAGAGGUGCGGCCCUGGAGGAGACGGAGGCCGCGGGUGGGCCCGAGGCGCAAGAGGAAGAUGAGGACGAAGAAGAGGCGCUGCCGCACUCCGAGGCCAUGGACGUGUUCCAGGAGGGUCUGGCUAUGGUGGUGCAGGACCCGCUGCUCUGCGAUCUGCCGAUCCAGGUUACUUUGGAAGAAGUCAACUCCCAAAUAGCCCUAGAAUACGGCCAGGCAAUGACGGUCCGAGUGUGCAAGAUGGAUGGAGAAGUAAUGCCCGUGGUUGUAGUGCAGAGUGCCACAGUCCUGGACCUGAAGAAGGCCAUCCAGAGAUACGUGCAGCUCAAGCAGGAGCGUGAAGGGGGCAUUCAGCACAUCAGCUGGUCCUACGUGUGGAGGACGUACCAUCUGACCUCUGCAGGAGAGAAACUCACGGAAGAUAGAAAGAAGCUCCGAGACUACGGCAUCCGGAAUCGAGACGAGGUUUCCUUCAUCAAAAAGCUGAGGCAAAAGUGAGCCUCCAGACAGGACAACCCUCUUCAUCCCUGGUGGCUGAGCUUUUUCCCAGCAGGAAUGGGUCCUCGAGUCAUCGUGCCUCUUUCACAGAAAGGACGUUGUGGUGGCCUCACCCCAGGCAUGCCCAACAGGAACUGUCAGCAUCAACCUGGGGGCCCUCAGGACUAGGACAGGGUGAGCCAGUGCUCCCUCCUUUCAUGUACUUGGCCUGAGACUGGGUCCAAAUUCCCUAGUCACAUGGCAGACCCACGGCCUGGCCCAGUGUAUAAAAUAAACCUGUUUGCUUCUUA